AUCUACCUAUUUGAGCAGUUGAGUUGGGAUAUUCCAAACAUGGCGGAGGGAAGUGUUUAGAAAAUGUUUUCUUUCCCCGAAAUUUCUCUUUGACACACAACGCGUCUCCUCGGAAAUCUUUAGAAGCUUUGUUUGUCGUCAGAAUCCCUUUCCUGGCCUGCUCUUUCCUGGAUAGAAGGGAAGGUUGUCUGAAAGGACUGUUGCUCAAUUUUCCAGACCAGUGGUGAGAAAAAAAAACUGUUCCAAGAUGGCGGCGACAAAGGAAACCACCUUCAAGUUUCCCAACAUGGCCGCCAGCUUCGUCAAACACCUGAACGACAUGCGUCAACGGGGCCAGCUCUGCGACCUGACCGUGGUUGUCAUGGGGAUGCAGUUCCCGUGCCACCGCGCCGUCCUGGCCGCCAGCAGCUCGUACUUCCGUUCCGUCUUCACGAGCGGCGGUGAGGUCCCCAACGAGCUCCACCUCCCCACCCUGAAAAUCGAAACCUUCUCGAAAAUCCUGGACUUCAUGUACACGCACAAGCUCACGCUGAACGCGGGAAACACGGGCGACAUCCUGGUCGCGGCCACCAUGUUGAACCUGGAAAACGUGGUGGACGUCUGCUCGCAGUACCUCAAGCGCAGCAUGGCGUCCAUGGCCAUGGCCGUCAACUCGUCGGAGACCCUGACCGCCACAGCGUGUUCCAGCACGGAGGGAGGGUUCCAUGAUCGGGCGAGACAAGCGGCGCCGAUCGCGGACAGUCAGGAGGAUGGGAUAGACUACUUCGGGUCAAGCACGUCCUUCCAGUCCGGUCGUUCUGUCGGCAGUAGUCGAGUCGAGUCGCCCAGCGCCAACCCUCACUCCACAGGAUCCCCACACAGAAAGGACCCCAACCCCCAUGGCCAGUGGGACAUGCCAGUCCUGAAAGUGGAGCAGGAUCAGAUGGACCCGUCCGAGGACAGCAGCACCUCUUCAACUGCUGGGGUCGAGGCGAGGUCGGCACCCAUGCAGGCGCAGAGCAGAUUUACUGCUGUCAGAGAGAGGGCAGUAGACACCACAGGGGAUGGACUGCAGUUGCAGCCUGGUGUAACUUCGUGGUCCACAGAUGGGAAUGUGCUACAGAGAGAUGGCAGUGCCACACUGUCAGCUGCACCUACACAUGACCAGUACAGCCCUACCCUCCAGGUUCCAGGCACGGCCAAGCGUACAGAUGACCUUGGGAAGGUGUACUACGCCUGCCCGGUGUGUGACAGCACUUUCACCUGGAAGUCUAGUCUACAGCGCCACAUGCACAACCACUCCAUGUGGAGACGCCAUGUCUGCCAGGUUUGCGGUAAGUCGUUUGCGCGGAUGGACGUCCUGAAGGACCACAUGCUGCUGCACCUGGCCGAGAAGCCCCACAAGUGCGACAUCUGCGGCCGCAAGUUCACCCACAAGAAGAACCUGAAGAUGCACGUGAUGCGCCACAUGGGCGGGUCCCCCAUGACCUGUAAGAUCUGCCACUAUCGCUACGCCACCGUGGCCGGGCUGCGCAACCACAUGAAGAUCAAACACGACACGGAGCUGGUGGAAGCGCAGAGCCCGGACGGAGACCGGUCACCGCAGGGCCUCGCCGCACCGUGUGGGGACAUGGCCUCAUCUUCAGAACCAUCGUCUGUUAGUGCGGACCAGAACACCCCCAUGGAAGAGAGUGGAAAUGGCCCAGAGGACGGGUUAAAGCAAGAACAAGCCAUGGAGUAGAGACUGGACUUACAUUAGAAAAUAUAUUGUAAGUAACAUUUGUACAUGCAUUAUAUUGAAUUAUGACAUACCCCCAUGCAAAAAUGGGAAUGGCCCAGAGGACAGACCAUUAGGAGUUAUACUGUAACAUUUGUACAUGUAUUUUUUUUUUGCGCAUGUGCAAUU